AUGACUCGCACCUCCAACGCUGAAGUCGCUGCUGAUUGUUCUGAUUGCUACGGUACAUGUCGCGCUAAAAAAUGUGAUAAGGGUGAGAUAGUGGCUGAAGAUACAUGGUUUUAUUCGUAUUAUGAUUGGUUUUAUCAAUGCACUGAGAGUUGUGGAAUAGGACGUGUGUGUUGUGUGGAUGAUUGGGAUUAUAAAGAAUGUGAAAAUUAUUGUGGUGGUAUUUGUCGUGCUAAAAAAUGCGACCGUGAUGAGGUUACUGUAGAAGAAACAUAUUCAUAUUCGUAUUCAUACUCGUAUUGGUAUUCAUAUUCGUACUGGUAUCAUUCAUAUUAUUCUACCUGUUCUGACUAUUGCGGGGAAGGUCGGGUGUGCUGUGUUCCAGCCUAGCAAAGAGACAAUCUGUAGAAAAAAGAUGGACAUACAACAAUCAUAUAUUACUAAUAUUAUGUAGCUCUGGAAAUAAAGCAUAUUCAAAAAUAUA